UAAAAAUCAGCAAUCGAAUUAAGUGCUUAAUUAUUUGCAUUAUUUUUAGAGCUUUCCGAAAGCUACCAACGUAAAGUCCUCGAAGCGCCGUCACUGGCCGAAUCGGAAAUAGCAAAAUCGAAGCACCAGAGAUCGAAAGACAGCGCAUUCGAUUAAAUUUCACAAUAACUGCGAACCGAGGGCGGAGUGGGAGUGUCUGCCAGCGCGGAGAAAAGUGAACGCAUUGCAAUUAAACAUGAAAUUUGCUGCAACGACGACGGGAGUACGACAUUUUUGUAUUAUCAACGCCAAGCAGCAGAGCCAUCAGAAUCAGCAGACUAUAUUUAAGAUACGGCCGCACGAAUCGCGAUCGGAGUUGAACAAUUGCAAACGGCAAAGACAGUCGUGUAGAAUUGCCAAAAAUUGGAAGCACCAAAGUUUUUGCAUAGGUGCGUCCUGAUCGGCAACGUUUCGAGUUAGAAAGACAAAGAUUAAAAAACUGACGGCUCGGCUCAAGAACGCAAUUUAAUUUCCUAACCUAGAGCAUCAAAAUCAAUAAAUCGGAACGAACACGUGCGUUUUAGUAGUUGCCGCCAAAGCAACGAAAGUGUAGACAUUUCCGCCGUGUUGUAGACUUCACCGUCUGUUCUCCACCUUCGGAGGACCCAGAACAGGAAAAGGACACUCGGCUACAAAGCAUCUGUUUUUUUUUUGUGUUUGAAACAGUAGGCCAAACAAUAGAAACCAAAACGUCGUCUUCGAGUUCAAACAGCAAAAUACCUGAACGACGCAAAAACAACAGCAACAUGCCGCGACGCAACAAGAAAUCAGCAGCAGGCAGAGGCCGCACCAAUGACUCCAAUUCUGAGGACGAGUCCUUUGACAAUGUGAGCGUUUACUCACAUGUGUCCGAAGUCGCAUCCUCUGAGGCCACCGACGAGCUGGCCAAUGAGCGUUUAGAGGAGAAGUUCGAGAAGGCCCUGGAACAGGCCACCGAGAAGUCGGCCCAGACACGUGUGCAGGCCCUGCAAGCGAUUUGCGAACUGCUCAUGCACCGCUACAUGCCGGACUUCGUGGAGGACCGCAAGAUGACCCUGAUGGACUUCGUGGAGAAGAGCAUCCGUCGGGGCAAGGGCCAGGAGCAGGUGUGGGGCGCAAGACUCGCGCCCCUGCUGGUGCUCCAAAUGGGCGGGGAUGAGGGCAUCUCCAAGGCGAUGAAUCAAUUCCUGUUGAACACCGUUCAGGACAAGUCCGUGGGCUUCGAUGCCCGUGCCAAGUGCUGCACAGCUGUGGGAUUGUUGAGCUUCCUGGGCUGCGAGGAUGUUGGGGAGUUGGUACACUUGAUGCAGGGCUUCGAGGCCAUCUUCGCAGGCAGUUAUUUGCGUGGCGAUGACAAGACACCGGUAUCCGUCACCGCCGAGGCUGGGACUUUCCAUGCGGAGGCUUUGAACGCCUGGGGGCUUCUACUAACACUUAUACCUUCGGGGGAUUUUGUUUCGCUGAUGACCACUGGCCAAAACAUGUUUCCGUCUAUUAAGAAGUUCUUGGGUCUUUUGCAAUCUACACAUUUGGACGUCCGCAUGGCCGCUGGCGAGACCAUUGCUUUGAUUCUGGAGUCGGGCCGUGCUCACGAGGAGGAUUUCCUGGAAGAUGACAUCGCUGAGUUGUCGGAGGCCGUCAAGCAGCUGGCCACGGAUUCGCACAAGUACCGCGCCAAGCGCGACCGCAAGGCCCAGCGUGCCACCUUCCGUGAUGUGCUGCGAUACCUAGAGGAGGACAUUUCCCCGGAGAUUAGCAUUCGUUUCGGUACCGAGUCGCUGACACUAGAUUCCUGGUCCAUCCAUCAUCAGUAUUCGGCCAUGUGCACUGUCAUGGGUCCCGGGAUGACCUCGCAGCUGCAGGAGAACGAGUUCAUCCGCGACAUUUUCCAGCUGGGCCCACGACCCACGAACACAGGCAUCAAUGGCAACGCCAAGGUCAAGCCGUCCAAGCUGGAGCGGCACCUUGUGAAUGCUGCUGCAUUCAAGGCACGCUCCAUAACACGUGGAAAGAAUCGUGACAAGCGAUCGGCCGUCGUCACUUAAGCCUGUGCUCCACCAACUGCUCCCAUCCACAGACACCCAAACCAACCAUCUCAAACCCCGUUAGCAAAAACUCUGGACUUACUAGUUGAAUUGUUUCUAAUUUUAGCUUGAACCAGGCAAAGCGUCGCCAAAGCUGAAGAACUAAGUCUAAAUUUAGGAUAAUACAGUGUAAUCUACAAAAUUUCUCUAGUUUAUUAACCACGUGUUGGAGCCAUUGUUUAAAUAAUAUGAAAUAUUUAUUGCGUGCACGCACAGUAGUUGUUUAUCAUUAAGUGCAUGGCUGGCUUAUACUUCGUGAUUUUAAAUUAACACUGCGAUUGUUACGACUGGCAUUUUUGCUUUGCGAUUUGGGUUAACCUCUUUUGUUGUUGAUCUUUUUAAAUUACAAGCGUAGGAAAACAUAUUCUGCUUUAAUGCUGCAAAAAAGUUAUUCAUAACUUGACAUGGCUUUUAUUACGCAUACUAAGCAGCUGUAUGAAUACAUAAAUUUUGUAGUAAAUAAGUGUAAAAUAAAGUUUAGGCUUAAACGAAAACUA